CUCUCUCCAGUGCACCACCAUCUCUUUUUCAACAUAGAGAUCUGUUUUCCCACGAUGUAUGUUUCUCUUUAGUCGUUCGAUCUCUACUUUUAAGGGAUCUUGUCUUUCUUUCGUGGCUGAUUCAAUCAAUCACUUUUGAUUAACUUUUUUGAAAUGGUGAAAGGAGAAUCCACAAGCACGUCUUACUCUGAUAACAAUGGAGCAAACGAUCAAGAUCACGACUUUGAAUGCAACAUUUGUUUCGAGUUAGCUCAAGAUCCGAUUGUAACUCUCUGUGGCCAUCUCUUUUGUUGGCCAUGCCUAUACCAAUGGCUUCACCACCACUCUCAUUCUCAAGAAUGUCCGGUUUGCAAAGCUCUUGUCCAAGACGAUAAGCUCGUGCCUCUUUACGGUAGAGGCAAGAACCAGACCGACCCAAGAACGAAACGUUACCCCGGUAUGCGGAUUCCGAACCGACCAGCUGGUCAAAGACCGGAGACAGCUUCUCCUCCUCCCUCUCAGCCUGAAGCAGCGAGUAAUUUUUUCAACUACGGUAUUGGUUUGAUGGGUGGGUUUAUGCCAAUGGCAACAACUAGGAUUGGGAACUUCAGUUUUGGUGUUGGUGGUUUGUUGCCUUCUUUGUUUAACUUCCAGUUCCAUGGGUUUCCUGACGCGACGCUUUAUGGUACAACACCGGUUUACCCUUACGGUGGUUACCAUACCGGUUUCCGUGGAGUUCCUACUCAUGGACAAGAACGUCACAAUCAGCCUAUGGCUCGUGGAGGACACCAGAACCAAAGUGAUGCGUUUCUGAAGAAACUCGCUCUUCUCAUCGGAUUUUGCGUGUUGAUAUUUCUUUGCUGGUGAAAACAAAACACAUUUGGUUUUGUUUCGAGGUAUGAUUCAACAACUCUCUUACUUGGUUUCAAAACAUUGUCUGUAAAUACGGGUAAUAGCUGAGUGAGUCUGUGUCUGCUUUUCCUAUGUUUGGUUCUGUUUUGGAGAAGGAAACUUGGGUCUAUAAGGUUCUUUUACACAACUCUUCUAUAUCUUUUUUUGGCUUUUGUGUUGUUUUUUUCUUUGCAUCGUUUGAAAACUAGAUGUUGUGGAAUAAAUGGUGUAUGUUAAUGACAUAAGGUUGA